CUAAGCGCCGCACAUGCGAUCUACGUUCCGUCGGCUCAAACUCGGCUAAAAUAGCAAUCGAUUAUUAUUUCUAUUCCUGUUAAAAUAGGUCGGGUUUAUUCCUUAAACAGUGCUAUGGGGAACCGGUGAAGAUAAGCUAUCACCAUGCUCGUGGCAUGCACGUUGCUGGUAGCAGCCCUGUCGGCUGCAUCAGCAUCGACUGCGCACGUUCACCACGCGGUCGAGACCGAGAUGUUCGCCAUACCCAUCAGCCCUAACCUGUUCAAUUGGACCUAUCAAGAAUUCGAUCAACAAUACCGGUUCCACGCUUCCAUGUUGGGCAAACCGGAGCUUCCUUCGUGGCUUCGUUAUAUCUACAGCGGUCGGCAUCACUCGGGAUUCAUCUUCGGAACACCACCGAGAGGCUCCCGAGGCCCAAUUACGCUCGAAGUAAUUGGGUUAAACCGACAAGACUAUGAGACGCGGAGGGUGUUGCUUACGUUAGAAAUCCAGCAUAAAGAGAAGAUGGCGCGCCACGAAGUCGAGCUCAAGAUCGAUAAUCUGAACGUUGAAGAUCUACUGGAUGAGCACAAGAUGACUCGACUGAAAGACAUCUUGCGCACUAAGCUGUGGACGGAGAGUAGCGGCGAUCUGUACGCGACUUUCCUGGCGUCCGCCAUCGAUCUCGGCGCUCGACUUCCUUUAAAACCUAGCGACGGUGAAGGCUUGGUAGUCCGUCUGGGCAGCUCGAUGCCGUUCUCGCUGGAGCUACAACGUCUCCGCGAGGAAGUACGUCCUCUGUCUCGUCUGCCGAGCUGCCCCCGCGAGUACAAGCGAACCACCGUCGAGAGACUCUUCCGCGAUGCUGGUCUAACGUUGGACUGGUGCAGUUUUGAGCUGUAUAACACCAUCUACAAGGAGCGUUCGACGCAACACCUGGAGUACCUCACCGAAGUACCAAACUCCAGCAAGACGGCUAAAUCCUUCAAGGCUUUGGAUACUAGAGACGCUUGGACUGCACCUAGUAAGGAACAGCUUCCAUCCCGCAGCUACGGGCGUCAGCUAUCAGCCGCAGUGCUGGUGCCACUGUCGCUGCUGCUGCUGUGUGUAGCUGCCCUAUCGGCCGCCGUCUGCGCUCUGCAUGCCACCGUACGAGACCCAGAGUCAGAAUAUUUUCUGGCGAACAUAUUCCACAUUUGUAUCGAUUAUAGAAAUAGAAGAGCACACAAGUCGAAGGUGGAGAUGUGUCGCUACGGCACUGGCAACACUGAGCAGACGCAUGUUGCUGACAACACCAGCACCAAGAGUCUCGGAGUUAGCCCCAACAACAGCCUCGCGCGUCCAUACAGCCCCAAGUCAUCAACCAAUCUCGCCGCCAACUACAACAGGCCUCAGCCCCCGCCGUACCAGGGCUCCGCCCCCUCCACCCUGCACCACCGCCGCUCUACCGACACCCCCGACAACCCUGAACAUCGCACACAUCUUCUAGAAGAAUCUCUCAAACUCCUCAAUGAAGCUAAAAUCAACAGCGAAUUUGACAUCAAAGAUCCUAUAAUCGAUUUGAACGACGGAACUGAUGAUUAUGUACCGAUCAAGGAUGGUUAUGUAUCGAUGAAGGAUUUGGACGAUAUCGAUGUUCCGGAUUUAGCGAAAUUCGGGUUGUCGGCUAUUUGACAUGAGGUUACGGCGGACGGUCAGCCGCCGGUUAAAACUUGGUUCUGUUAGGCCUACGUUCACCCACCAUUUAAACGUCCGUUUUUCUUAAAACAUCUAUAUAAUUUGAUUAUUCAUAAUAAACAGUUGUUUUAAGAAAACUGACGUUUAAGUUGUCAGUGAACUUGACCUUAGAGCUGAGAUCAAAGUUAGGGGGAGUGUAGGAGGUCCGCUAACUUUUUGCUAAUAUAACUCACUGUGCCGGUAUGAACUGGUUUUCAUGUCGUAAUACUCUGGAUGAAUGAUUCUGUGGUAAUAUUUUUGUGUGUAAGUUGCCAUUCUGUUUUGUUUCGUUACUCUGUGGUUUUAUCAGUAGUACAGUCGAAAACAAAAGUCA